AUGUGGAGGCAGGGGGCUAGGGCAGGCUGGAGGAGGUUCCGGUGCUCCACCGCUGCCCGCCACCGGCCGGAGGAUGCUGGGGAUUGGGCGUUCUCUCCAGAGUGGUGGGAACCGGAAUCAGGAGGUGUCACCGUGUUCCGGGAACAAUCCGGCCAUGGAAAUGGCGUCGUAUCGGUGAUCGCGCAUCAUUCUUCGAGACCGGUGAACUUUCUACCCCCCUUCUCGACCUCUUCCUCCUUUACAAUGUCCAGCUCUCAUUAGCCCUUUCUCGUGAUUUUUUCUUCUUGUUGAUCGAGUAAAGGUGACUGUGCGGGCGACGGUAUCAUCUGAUUUAAGAGGGAAAUUAUUGUAUCGGUUGCUUUUUGGUUCAUUUGCUUCGAUAGUCAUAUGGCAAUCUUUAUGAUUCAAUGCUUGGCACUAACCUUCUCUGUCGAUUUUCCACGAGUACCCUGGAAUGAAAAUAAAAGAGGUUGUGGCUUCCUCGUAUGCAAUUUUUUGGGGAAUAAAAGUUGGUUCACUGGUUAAGCUUCCUCAUAUUUUUCAUAUACGCAUUUGCGCUUCUACGUAUGGACUUAAAUCAACAAGACGAAUCUUAAUUUCAGAUUAAACCGAGCAAUCAUUAACCACUUGUACAGAUUCCGCCCUUUUCUGAUUUGGGCGAGAGGGGUAUCGCGAUAGGCGUCCAAAUCACCACAUGCUGAUCAAAAACUCUUGAUUUGGGUCCCAAAUUCAAGACUCUUUAGACGAAUGAAGCAAUAAAGUAGGCUAGUGUUUAACAGACAUCGAAACUGUGUCUUUGGAGUUCAGCAGAUGUCUUCUAGAGGGUGAUUUAGAGUAAACUAGUUUGUUGACAACCAAUCAUCUCGAAAAGUGUUUAUGUUCUCAGUGAACAACCAAUCAUCUCGAAGAUUAACGUCUGGACAUCUCAACUGUAAGAAGAAUGCUAUUAAGGCUAUGUGCAUAGCAUCUUUAAGAAGAAUGGGAUUAUUAGUCCAUGCAAAAUCUGGAGAUACUCUGAGUCAUUAUGCAACAAAUAUCUUGAGGGUUUGGCUUAAUUUCGGAGUAUGUAUCAGGGGAAGAAUAGUAAGUCUAACUUGGCACAUUUUUUCAAUGUUUGUUCCCAUGAAUUCAGCAACACACCUUCAUUAACCCCCUGAAUAUGUUUAUCUUUGUGUCUGAGUUCCACAUCUUCACUUCGAGUGCCUCGGUCUCUAUGCGAAUGAACCUUUGGAAUUAACUUGCUUUUGGCAUAUGCUGGAUUUAUUUUGGCAAAUAUUUGACUGUCUCUCAUUCAGUCUGCUGAUUGAAGGUUUGCGUUUAUUAAGAAAGCUAUCAAGAUAAAUUUAGAGAGGAAAAAUGUUAUAGUGACGAAUUGGUACCCUCCUGAUCCCUUCCCAUUGACCGCAAUUUUCAUUUUCAACGCUAUGUCUGAGGUGGGUGUCAUGGAUGUAGUCAUCUGUUCAUGAAUGUAUUAAUGUCUGCCCGUUUGCAGAUUUGAUGGCCUAACAAUGUUUGGAAUGUAUCAAGGUCAGUUGAUCCAUUCACCUUGGCUGAUUUUAGUUUAAGCUCUUACAAUGUUUUUCUCUAAUCCCACGUGAAAUCGCGGAAUUGCUACCAGUAGGUAAUAUUGCGUGUAAUAUUACAGAUUCGAUUGGAACAUAGACCUUAUAGAUCUGCAUCGUCUCAUGUUGGUGCGUUAGUUAGUUAUUAGGCUUUAUCUUGAAUUGUCCCCCUCCCUUUCAAUAUCAUAGGGAGGGGGUUAUGAGUUUGAACCUAAUUUUCCCCCUUUGAUUUUGACGGUAUCAGUUAAAAAAAACAAAGAAAAAAAAGAAAAAAAAAAGAGUAAAGAGACAUUGAUUGUGAUACUAAAAAGUAGGUCAGCUUCCCAUUUGCCACAAUGUUGGCAUUGUAAAAAUAGAAGAAAACGUACUAUUUUGAUCUGUUACUGGUAAAGUAAGUACAGAGCGUCCCUUUGUUUUGUUUCUUGCAGACCUCAGAUCAAUGGCCAGAAAUAGAGAGAGGGCUUCAACGAAGGUAUGCAAAGAUACAUCCGGAAUCAGAUCCAGGUGGGGAGUUCAGAAUACUUGGUUAUCAAUGGCGAGUGCUACGUUUCAACGAUAACACUCGCCAAAGCACGACUAAAGUCGUGUCAGCUUACAGAAAAUCGGACCCGGGCUCGCUCUAUUUGAUGCAGGAGCCCAAUUGUCUGGCUGUUCCAUGUAAGUCUCUUUCCCUUUUUUUUCUUCAUCUCCUCAAGAACUCCGCGAUGUCAAUUGGAUAUAAGUCUAUAACUUAAUCUUUUAUUGGGACAAAGAUCGAGCAGAUCGAGAAGUUGAUGUACAGCUGCAUACCCAGUAGUGAUAAUGAACAACUUAUGAAUUUCAUAGUAGUCUUAGAUCGAUAAUAUUAUGUAAUCUAAAAUUAGAUAACAUAAAAGAAAAAAAAUCUCAGGCCAAAAGUCCUGUCUGUUAGUUAUUUAUUCCCUUUUUAAAGGUUUAGUAUUUGAUACAUGUCCGUGUAUUGCCUCUCUAUCUCACAAAAGGCCAAAAAUCUUCUCGCAGAAAGUUGACCUGAUUUUCUUCCUUUUUUCUGCAACUUGGUGUAUCAAUGGACUCUAGACACUGUUGUUCUUAUCAUGCUCUAACGGUAGCCCCUAACCCAGAAAGCUCUGCCUUUUUUUCAGUGGUGAUUUUUUUUUAUUUUUGGUUUAAGUUUUAUGAAAAACAUGCUCAUGCACACCACUGGGGUUGACCAGAAUUUAUUUUUCCCCCUUGGGGAAGGAGGAAUGGAUGGAUCAUCCCUGUACUAUACAGAACUUGUCUAUAAAUUUUGAUGAUGUAAGAUAUGGUUUGAAUUGGUUCGUUUAGUAUCGUUGACUUCGGCUGUUCAUUAGUUGAUUAAAUUUUCCAAAAAUGGUAUUCGCUUCUGCAGAUCUCAAGAGUAUGCUAUCAGCCGGAUUGUCAACUCUGACAUCUCUUGGUUUUGACCUCCUCGGCGCCGUUUCUGGGAGUAAAGUCAUGAGGGUAUUGUGCAUUGGCCAUGGCGGCGGAACCCUGCCCCUAUUCUUGGCCAGCAAAUUCCAAGGUCAGAAUGCGAACCCACCACCCCCUUCAUUCCUCCGGGUUCUGUGAUCUAGAGGUCAACCAUGAUUUUCAGGCGCAGUCGUUCACGUCGUCGAGAUCGACCCAGUCGUGGUGACGGCGUCGAUUCAGGCGAUGGGCUUCCCCGCCUGCGCCGUCGAGGACCUCGCCGGCGGCGGCUCCUUCCGGCUGAUCGAUUCCCCCAACCAGGACCUGUGGCGGGAGGUCCCCGGCAGGCUAUCCCUUUUCAUAUCGGACGCCGACGACUUCCUCCUCGCCGGCGGCGAGCCCUACGACCUGGUGGCCGUCGACGCCUACGACGGCGACGACGUCUUCCCCAACAAGCUCUGGGAUCCCGACGGCGCCUUCCUGAGAUCUCUCUCCGGCCGGCUCCACCCCGACCACGGCACCGUCGUCGUCAACCUCCACGCCGACUCGGACGUCUUCUCCGGGGAGGGCGGCGACGGCGCCGCCGCUUUCGCCGGCGGGAUCCUGCCGAUGGGAAGGUACGUCUCGCAGGUCUGCCGGGCGUACAGGAGCCGCGUGGGGAUGGCCUUCAAGGUCUCGGUUCCGUGGCUCUGCAACAUCUCGCUGGUGGCGUGUCGCCGCCGCGGGGGUUCCCCGGCGAGAAAUGCUCUCGUCGGCUCCCUCAUCGCCGGCGGCGACCGCGUAGAGCUCGCCUUGGAUCUGCCGUUCCCCUGCGUGGAGUACCUCAAGCGAGGCUUCGCCCUGAUCGAUUGA